CGUACGUGGAAGGCCGGAAGGAUAUAUUCUCUCACCGGAAGGCCAGAGGAUAUACCGCUGUGAAUUUUUGGGGCAAAGCACAUUGUGGCAAAGCGAAACAUGGCAAUACUCCGCGGUAGUUCCCACCUGAUAACUUGUACCCUUGUUUUUGUUGCCAUUUCGGUGCGUCUUGGACGUGGGAGCGCUGCCGAAGGUUUCACCCACCAUGAGGCACUAGACGAGGCAGGGAAGUACCACCUGUUCUGGAAAUUUGACGAGGAGAAGAUUGAGUUGGAGGCGCGAGUCCAGACGACGGGAUGGGUCGGGUUGGGCCUGUCCCCGAACGGAGGCAUGGCGGGGUCUGAUAUCGUCAUCGGCUGGGUGGCAGACGGGAAGGCACACCUGACGGAUAGGUAUGCAGACGCGAAUGCACAGCCCAUCGUGGACGAGAGUCAGGACUGGGAGCUGGUGUCUGGGUACGAGAACGGAACCCACACAGUCCUGCGGUUCAACCGGAAACUGACGACAUGCGACACCAAGGAUCGCGUCAUCAACAAAGACACCAUGCGUGUGAUAUGGGCCUGGCAUGACGAGGAUCCAGAGGAAUCAUCUGGUACGAACGGUCCGAAGUACCACUCCUCCAACAGGGGCGUCCGGAGCACCAUCCUCAUCACCCAGCCAGUCUCACAGGCCAGCCUGCCGGACACAACUUACACCUUCGAUCUCACCAUGAGAAACGUAUCCGUCCCCGGUAACUGGCACACGACCUACUGGUGCAAGCUUUUCAAACUGCCGACGUUGAGCGGAAAGCACCAUAUUGUAAAGAUGGAGCCGGUUAUCACGCCAGGGAAUGAAGGACUAGUUCAUCACCUUCUGGCUUACAAGUGCCGGAGGAACCCUGACACCAUCGUGCCAGACGAUCACCAGGGACAUAACUGUUACACCCAGAACAUGCCGUACGACUGGCGAGAAUGUUACCAAGGGUCUCUCAUUGCAGCAUGGGCCAUUGGGUCAGGGGACAUAGCGUACCCAGAACAUGUCGGGUACCCUAUCGGGGACGAAGAGGACAGCGGUUAUGUGCUGAUGGAAAUGCACUACGAUAACCCGCAGGUGCUUUCAGGCUUGUACGACAGUUCGGGGCUAAGAUUUAUCUACACGCCAGAACUGAGGGACAAUGACAUCGGGAUCUUUGAGGUGGGCAUGAGGGUGGGGAAACACCACGUCAUCCCACCUGGUGCAGACAGCUUCACAUCAGCCGCAUUCUGCGAUCCGCAGUGUCUCGGCCCGUUUCUUGAGGAGCUCGGACAACCUAUCAAGAUAUUCGCCAACGUUCUCCACGCGCAUCUUCUGGGUGUUCAGCUCAACCUGAGGCUGAUCCGUGAUGGUGUGGAGACGGACAUCUCGCGAGAUGACAACUACGACUUCAACCUGCAGUUCGUCAGGAAUCUGGAGGACGAGGUUGCCAUCUACCCGGGAGACACUCUGGUGAUGGAAUGCAACUAUCGUACCACUCACAAAGACAACGUUGUUUAUGGUGGGUUAGGUACCCCGGAGGAGAUGUGUAUGGACUUCUUGUUCUACUAUCCGAAAUUCAACCUGGCCAACUGUGACAGUAAACCUUCUGUCAGCAGAACACUCAGCUUCGUAGGAGUGGAAGACUAUAAAAGUGAUCCUUUCCAAGUCCUGGCCCCGCCCAGCAUGGUGAACAAGACGUAUGAGGAACUGUUGGAGGGGUUCCAGUGGACAGCUGAGAGGGCGGCACAGUUCUCUUCAUACCUCCUGGACGGAAACUUCAGCACCUUCUGUUUUGGUCAUGGCAACUUCACGGGCGAUUUCCUCACAUCGGCAAAAGAGAUGCCCUUCCCCCGCGGGACCAGGUUCCCUCCCCCCGACACCUGCGGCCGGACUUCCUCCAGCGCCUGCCGACCCCCUCUCACUGCAGUUCACUUCUGGGCCGCUACCUCCCUCCUGGCGCUGCUGUGCAAAGUUUUGCACAACUUAUAAAGAUGCUGUUGAGUUUUAUCGUAUGGCAAUAUUCAGGAGAGCAACAAAAGUAGUUGAAUCUUUUCAUUCAUUAAACAAAAAAUUCAGACAGACAAAGCAUCCAUGUUAUAAUUAGUACAGUAGAUAAAUUGAAAUAGAUCAUGGUAAUUAUGACUAUUUCAAUAAUCAGUGAGACAAAUCCCGAAAUAACAAACAUUUUACAAAAAAUUCUACAUAUUUCAUGGAUGUAUGAGAUCUCUGAAUUCUGUUUUACUUUCUUUCUACCUGACGUACAGCAAUAACUGAAGUACUCGGCGUAAAGAUCAGAAUUGCCCUGAUGAUGUGC